AUGAAGUUGUUAUUGAAGCACUUAAUCCAUCCCUUCCAAUCUGCUUUUAUAGCAGGAAGAUCUAUUCAAGACAACAUUCUAGUGGCACAUGAGAUUGUUAGAAACUAUCAUAGGACUACUGGUACUCCUAGAUGCACCAUGAAGAUUGAUCUCAGGAAAGCAUAUGACACUGUUAGUUGGAAGGCAAUUCUUAUUACUUUAAAGAAGAUGGGAUUCCCUGCUAUUUUUAUUGGCUGGAUUGAACUUUGUAUUACUUCACCUAAGUUUUCUAUUCUUAUUAAUGGGUCUCCAUAUGGCUACUUUGGAGCUAAAAGAGGACUGAGACAAGGGUGUCCCCUCUCUCCCUAUCUAUUUGUCAUGGUGAUGGAGCUUCUCAGCAUUAUUAUUCAAAAACAGGUUGACAAAGGUGUGUAUGGUCUCCAUCCUAGAUGCAAAAUAACCAGACUGACUCAUAUCUGCUUUUCAGAUGAUGUUUUGGUAUUUUCUAAAGGCGCUACUAAUGCAGUUGCUACUUUAAGGAGGGGUACCAUGAAAUUCAGUGAUUGUUCUGGCCUUCAAAUGAACCAACAAAAAACUUCCCUGUUUUCUUCUGCAGUUGGAGAUGAUGAGAUACAAAAUAUACUUCAUAUUAUGCAAUUUCUUGAGGAUAAAUUGCCAGUAAGGAAAGAUUCCAUUUGGACUGAUUGGGUCAAUAAGAAUCUUAUUAAAACAAGAAAUAUUUGGGAAAUGCAUAUUCCUUCCGAUUCUUCUUGGUGUUGGAGAAGAGUGCUAGAUCAGAGACAAAUUGCUAGAGAUAUGGUUAUUACAAUUUUGGGUGAUGGAGCAAAUACUAGCUUUUUGCAUGAUAAUUGGCAUUAUAAGGGUAGACUGGCUUCUUGGAUGGACCCUUCUAUAAUUUCUGAGUUCUUUCCUAAUGAUACUUGCACUGUCUCAGAUUUUAUUAAAAAUGAUGAAUGGACUUUAGCUUCUUCAACUGAUCCUAGCAUUGCAGCUAUCUUUUUAGAAGUGGCUUCAACUGAUUUCCUUACUACAGAGAAAGACAAGGUUAUGUGGUCUGUUAGUAACUCUGGGGGUUUUUCAGUUAAAGAUACUUAUAAUUCCUUAUUUCUUCAUGGUGAUAAAGUGAACUGGAGUACCCUUGUAUGGUUUAAGAUUCAUAUACCCAGGCAUUCUUUUAUUACUUGGGUGACUUUACAUGGCAGAUUAAAAACUAGAGAUAAGCUUCUUAAAUGA